CCAGCUAGUUUAUCUGGGAAUACGCAUUACGUGUAGAUAGCAGUACUCCGACAAUUAUUUCUUCGAUUUGAAAAAGAUGUUCAAAUCUUUUGGAAAAAGUAAAUUAAAUUGAAUCCCGUGCACUUUAUGUAAUAUGUGGUAUAAAAGUUUGUAUUGAAGUUUCAAUUUGGUGUCACUAAAAUUACCAUUUCUACUGGCUGUAUGUUGUGCAGUAGAUUCAACUCAUCACAUACAGAAUGUAAAACCACAUUGACGAUAGAGUGAUUCCGUGUGAUGGCAGAUACACGUCAAAAAUGUGUUUUACUUGUUAACGGUUUUACGUUACGAGUAAAUAGUUAAUCGAUAUUUUUUAUUCGUUUUUUACAACCACCGUACUAGUUGUAAUGAAUCACGACAACAUGUCAAGUGAUACAAUGAACUCAUUACCUAGUGAGAUAAUUGUGAGGAUUUUGGAGGACGAGCAACUCGGCUUUUCAGAUGUGAUUAAUCUUGGUUCUACGUGCAAAAAUUUGCAUAAAAUUAUUGACAACGACAAUAUACUUUGGAGGACUAAGUGUUUUCAAAGAUGGCCAAGCUUAAAAGACAUUUAUACAAACGAGAAAUCAGAAAGCUAUGUUGCGAAUUGGAAAGAACAUGUUAAGAUAUGUUUGGACAUCAGAAUCCAGUUAUUCCAUCAAUUAUCCUCAAUGUCUAGCAAAUAUUAUAAAGAGAUGAAUGAUGAGUUACCAAAUUCUGCAUUUAAAGUGUUUGAUCCCCUCUUUAGAGUGAAAGAUGGUGCUUAUCCCUUUGCUUAUCAAGUUCUUGUGGACGAACUAAUAGAUUUAAUUAAAGCUGAUACUCUCACCAUUAUUUGUUUCAGAGCCAAUAAUUUGACACAUAGGUAUUAUGGUCGUAAGGUUAUUAGAUACCUGAAACAAAGUCAUUUGAAGGAAGAAUGGCAGAAAUUUAUAUCUCUACCUCCAAGUGAACAGACUUUAGAACGCGGUGCAACUAUUGUAGCACAAUGGGGUCAACCAGAAGAAAGACAUGUGACAUAUUCAUAUAUAGCAUCGUUAUUAGAUUCUAUUGCAGAGCAAACCAAAGCAUUGCUAAAAGAACAACAUCCAACUCAUUCCAUAUUCUCAACACCAGAAGAACAGUUUGUAUAUUGGAGGAAUAAUAUUAUUGAUGACAAUCAAUGGAACGUCCUAGAAACAGUCCAAGUAACAGAUGCACUUUGCAAAGUAUUAUUUCAUAAGUUAGGAUUUUAUGGAAGAGGGGAGAUGUAUUAUUGUGCAGAAAACUCAUUUUUAGAUCGUGUCUUGGAAAACAAACGUGGAACUCCUAUAACUCUAGCAAUAGUAUUCGAAAACGUUGCUCGAAGGCUUGGUGUAUGCUGCGAACCUGUUUGUUUCCCGUCCCAUUUUUUAUUACGAUGGAAAGAAACAUAUGGUCCUAACUCUGACAAAGUAGAAAAUUUGUAUAUUGAUGUUAUAAAUGGUGGCGAAUUUCUAACAAAGAAUCAUUGUCCUCAAAUUGGUGGUGUCUCAAAAUGUCCAAUAAAAAAGUAUAAUGUUCGCAAGGCAGCAACUGCUGUGGAAGUAAUAAGAAGAAUGGUAAUUAAUUUGGAAGUAGCUGUCAGACAAAGAGUUUGUGGGAGUUGGGGAGUAUCAAGAUUACGUUCUACAUUCGAACUUGAACAUAUGGUGCAACCAAAUGAUGCAGAUCCAAUUUUGAAAUUGGCGUCUUUAUACAGUAACGAACAUAUGGAUUUAACCGAAAUUGAGGAGUUAUUACAAGAUGUGGAUCAGAAUGCAGCAACUGCACUUAUCUCUUGGAAUCUUAAUGAACAUUCCUGUUGUCCUCAUAGAUAUGGUAUGAUGGAAAAAAUAAAACCGAAUAAGAGACGGCCUGCUCUUAAAUAUGCAGUAGGAAUGAUUAUGAAGUAUCAAGGACAGGCGUAUGUGAUAAUAGGGUGGAAAGUAGUGAUCCCUGCUGACAAGGGGACGUUAUAUGGAUUGGAUACUCUAAUAUACUAUAAUAUAAAGUAUAGUAUACUUGGAGAUAGUAAUGCUUGUCAGUUUGUAGAGCAAGAUGAAUUGCAGCUCACAAAGCCACAAUGCAUCAACCAUCCAUCUGUCGGCAAAUAUUUUUGCAAAUUUAAUGGUACAUAUUAUGUACCAAAUAAGGAAAUGGCAGAAGAAUACCCAGAAGAUGAGGAAGUUUGUAAUACAUUACUAGCUACAACCAAGACUUUCAGGCGUAAGAACUUGCAAAACUUGUCUCCUCUUGUCUAACCACUAUUCAGCUCCAAUGCAAGGGAAGGAGAAAAGAACUAGAAGCUUUGCUUCCGCUAGUUCCUACCUCUUUUCUUCUCCUUCGCGUUAGACAAGUAGAGGCAAGUUCUGCAAAAGUUCUUCCGCCUGAGAACCCUGGCUGGCUUCAACUGCUGCACGAUACAAACGAUAGUUAGACAUGAUUCCGGACUACAGCCCGCUGAACAAUCUAAGAUGGAGACAAAAAUUGUUUUGAUCUAAUUGGGCUAAUCGUCUCACUGCUAGGAUAGAAUUUACAUGUGGAUUGAAUGCGCAGUAAACUGAUGGGGAUAGAAAGCUACACUGUAGAUGUGUUUACAAAGCUUUACAACAUAAAAUACCAAGUACGUAGUUGUUUCUUCCUCUAGCUCAAAUAUGUACAAAGUAAUAGUAAUGAAACGAAUAUUAGAUUAUUAAGAAAAUGAGAAGGUAAUACUUUAAUCCAGCAUGGGCGAGUCGCGGCCCGUGGGCCAAAUCUGGCUCUUUCCCACUUUUACAGCUCUCCGUGGUUCGUCCCCACUAAGCACCUUCAGCGUCCCUAACACACUCGCACGACGCGAGAAACGACAUGACAUUGUUUCUUCUGUGCCUCACGCUGCGCGUGACAUCGUGCAUCAAGUAGUAGUAGUAGUGGAGCUUGUGACCUACGGCCGAAAUGACUCGCCCAUGCAGAAUGAAGAAGCGAACAUUCACGCUUUCUUAUUUGUCACUAAAUAAUGGGCAGCUUAUUCUCAUUUUAGUAAAUUUUAUAAAAAAAAACAAACAAACUGUAUAGAAUUUCUUCCAAAAUUUGUGUAUAUGAUAUAUAAACAAACUUACAAUUUGUAUAAUAGAAUUUGUACAGUCUAUAUUAAAAUAACAUUUUUUAUAUGUCUUAUUAAAAAUUCAUGAGCUUUAAGCUAUACAUAGAUAGCAUUAAAUCUAAGAAAAUUUGAGGUUCAAAAUAUGAACCAAAAUAAGCUGAAGCUAGUUCGAGUAACUUGAAAUAUGUAUAAACAUUUCGAACUUGAAUACUAAAAAUAAGAAAUCAUAGACUCUAUUGUCUUUUUUUUAUAUAAUUUUCUUUCAUAGAUCGUAAAUAUUUGAAGUGAUCCUAAACUUUUAAGCUCUUGUGUAAAUAUAUAUGAUUGUAUUUAUACAUAUAAUUAUUAAAUGCAGAAUAAGAAAGUA